UGACACACUAACAUUUUGCUGCCUUAUGAAGCAUUGCUAUUGUAGAUUGAUAGGUUCAUUGCUUCAAAGCUUUUUCAACAUUAUUGCUGCAUUCAACGUGCAUUUCACUCAAAAAAAUCUAUACACCUCCCUACCUUGUGAUCACACAUGCACAUACAAAUGCACACUGUUAAACUCGCACACAGAGAGUCGAAUAUGGCGUGCUUUGAAAGGGCAUCACCUGCAUUGAAGGAGAUUCUUCUCAAAAUAUACAGAGCAGAAAAGUCCGUGGAGAUUGAUCAUCAAAUGCAUGAAUUUGGAUCUGUACAAUACCAUGUUCAGUGUUCUGCAUCAGAUCCACGUCAAACUUAUUUGUCAAUCUCAAUGCCUCUUCUAUCUGAAGGAUUACAAUUUACAUCCAGGCUUCCAAACUACACUCUAGAUAUGGUUAAGGGAAUUUAUCCUGAUGUUGUGGAGAUUAUAGAGCCUCCAAAAGAUGGCUAUCAGCUAACUUUGAGACUGAACUUCGCUAGAAUUCCACACAGUAAAGUCUCUACAAAGAUAAUCACAGAAAUUUCCUCAGUUCAAGCUGUAAUACUGGGCUCACAGCUGAAAGCGAUGUUAAGGCUAGUUGAUUCCCAGGAAAUAUCUCAGGGAAUGUAUAAACCAAUCAAGCUCAUUUAUCAUCCAGGGGAGCCAUUCUAUGUCAUCAAACAGCCAGCAAAAAUCACUGCAGUAUUCCCAAUGCGCUUCAAAGAAAAUACAGAUGUGAUUAUUGCAACAACCUUCUUUCAGGAACUUGUAGUUGUUGGAAGUACUGGAGCAUGUGCUAAGGCGCCUCAUUGCAUCUGGUCACCUAUUCCACCUCCAGAGUUAAGAGGAGAACCUAUUGAAGAUCUGAGCACCAAUGGAGGAUUUGUUUCUUUUGAUAUUACGUUCCGUCACGUGGAAGGAAAGAAACUAGACAAGACUGUAUGGAACCUACUGAACUUCUAUACAUUCGUGAAAUAUCACGUGAAGAGCACUAGAGGUUUUAUACACCGGAGGAUGAGAAAGCGUCUUGGAGACUUGGUUGAGAUCUUGCAAAAUGCAGGAAUUGAAGAAGAAGAACAAAUUAAAAAUAAAGUCCAAGGAUUCAAAUCUGUGAGGAAGUUGGCAAGAUUUCCAAGACCCGAAAUCCUCAAGAGAAGAUUUAAUUUCAGCAAAAAGCUGAAGCGAAUUCGUUCCAGAUUAAAAAUCCAUGGUUUCAGUCGUUUCCGCAGACGAUGGUUAACAAUGCCAAAAUUUUCUUCAGUUACAAGGUAUACAAAACUGAAGUAAAAUGGUAGUCUUCAAUAACAUGAAUACGUUUGAUGGAACAUGUAAGCUUCUCUCUUAUCUCACCACUAAUUACUCCAUUCCUCCACAAGCAACAUACUAAUGGAAACUGUUACAUGUCUAUAUCUAAGUGAAAUAAUGGAAAGUAUUUAUAUCCAGACGUUCAAAAUUCUGUAAACAUCAACAUUGUCAAUUGGUUGAAUUUAAGAGCAAGAAUUUUCCAUAAAACAUGAAAGAAUUUAGAAGGAAUCUUGAUCUUUCUGCUCCUUUUAAGUUUAUAUUGACAUCUUAGGCUCUGAAAACUGCAGAUAGUGCACAAAAAUAUGGUUCCAUAACCAUUUUUGAUUACAAGAUGUGACUAAUAAAUAGAUUGUGACAUUUUAAUGUAUGAUCUACGAUUAAAAUAUGUGAUUGUAACCGACAAAUUUUAUCGUUCUGACAAUGAUCUUGUAUGAUUUGUGACUAAUAUGUGACCGUGAUUAUGAAAUAUGUGUUACUGUGAUCGUAAUCUACUUAGCUAAUUAUAGGUCACAAAAUGUGACCACUGAUUUUUGAAAUUUU